GACCAGCUACUUUUAUAAGUUAUCAAACACUUGAUCAACUCAUACAUUUUAUGAUUGUAGAUGUUAUAGCAGAAUGAUUAAUUGCAUUAACGUACGUGUGAAAUCAGGCUAGUUUGACAGUAAUUGGUUAGGUAGAAGAGAGAUAAGGCUUUUACAUGUUCCGUUAGUAUGAUUACUACAAACACAUUACAUGCAGUCCGGUCAGUAAUGAAAUUUUCAUCCUGCUCUCCAUAAAAGUAUCUGAUGUCAUUACUUGCUUAUUGCAUGUUCUGCAAAUUAAGUUUAUAUUCUCAAGUUAUUUGACGUGCCAAUCACAACCUUAGUCACUACUGUGGCAACAUGUAAGUUCCUAUAGCGAUGUUACUUUUCAGUGUGACCUUAUCUUUUCCAUGCAUGUACAUGCACCUUGCUUGUAUAAAAAAACUGGAAACCUUAUAGAGGAAACCGCUUUUCAUUGAAUUUUUGCCACCAAAGGUUUGUGAUAAUCACAUUAAAGUCUAUGUGCUAACAUGACAUAACUAUAGCUGUAAAAGGGCUUAGAAAAUAUUUUGCAGUUUUUCUUGGCAACCAUAGUAGCUCCACCGUCUUGGUCCAUGGUUGCUAUUUUAGCAAGUUUAUCAUUUCUGUGAUUGCAUUUUUUCCAUCUGCUGCCAUUACUGCUGGGAUGUAGUAUGGCAGCAACACUGUAUACACUGCCUAUACUAUUGUAGAACCUGGUGAAACUCACUCCUGAUACCAAGCAAAGGGUUUUUAAGUCUGGCAGUGGAUUGUGGAAGAUUUGGUACAGGCCUGAGGGUAUGUUGAGACGUCUCGCAGGGCCAGAGAAGAGGCGUCUAGGUGGUUCGGACGGGGACUGAAGGCGAGGAGGAAAGACAGACCAGGGAGGAAGACAUGGGUCAGUGUGUCACCAAGUGUAAGAAUCCAACGUCCUCACUCGGCAGUAAGAGUGGAGACAAGGAGAGCGGCUCCAAGUCCCACCACAAGAAAGGAAGCAGUGCUGGUGGUGGGGGCCCCAAAGAAGAGCCCAGUGCGUUGUGUAGCAAAGCCACCAGCGAGCUGUCGAAUGGCACCAAGGCGUUGGAGGUUACAAUGGAGACACCCGUCAUCCCUGCGGUGAUGGGGGAACUGCACAAGGACGAGUGUCUGGAUGGAGAUGGGCUGUCAAUGCUGCGCAUUGAGGAGUUGUUCCACUGCUACAAGGAUGAACAGGAAGAUGCCAUCUUGGAGGAAGGCAUGGAGAGUUUUUGUAAUGACCUGUGUGUGGACCCGGCAGAGUUCCGUGUGCUUGUUCUUGCCUGGAAGUUUCAAGCAGCCACCAUGUGCAAGUUUACAAGGAAGGAGUUUGUUGAUGGCUGCAAGGCCAUUCAGGCAGACAGCCUCGAGGGCAUCUGCUCACGUUUCCCCGUCAUGCUGCAGGACGCCCAGGGUGAGGAGAACUUCAAGGACCUGUACCGCUUCACCUUCCAGUUUGGCCUGGACGCCGAGGAUGGCCAACGCUCGCUGCAGCGCGAAAUUGCCAUCGCCCUGUGGCGCCUGGUGUUCACCCAGGACUCUCCUGCGAUCCUGGAGCACUGGCUGGACUUCCUGUCGGAGAACCCCUCAAGUAUUCGGGGCAUCUCAAGGGACACAUGGAACAUGUUCCUGAACUUCACCCAGGCUAUUGGGCCUGACCUGAGCAACUACAGCGAGGACGAGGCCUGGCCAAGCCUCUUCGACACCUUUGUGGAGUGGGAGUUGGAGCGUAGGAAAAAAGAGGAGGAACAGGCACUGACGGCAAAGGAGGAAGAGGGGAGGUGUACUGAGACAGAGUGUUCUCCCACCACAGAUAGACUUGAAACAGAGGGAAGCCGCGGCUCACAGACAUGGGGGGGCCACUGACCACGAAUCAAGAAACAUUUUUAAGGGAGGAAAGGAUAUGAUCUACAUCUGAACUGUACAUCUGUGAAUCAUUGGAUGAAUAUUAGUAUUAUCAUUACAGCUGUUCAUUUUGCUCUCCUUUUCUGUUGGGUGGGAUUCCUGCUUUGCACCCUUAUUUUUUUGGUUUUUGAAAGGGCUCUAAGAACUGUUAUGUUUUAAGCACUUCUAUUUAAGUUAUUGUUUUACUUCUUUUUUUUUUCUCCUCCCAUGUGUGUUUUAGUAAAUGGAGAUGUGGUCCAUUUUAACCUCCACCUACCUACCAUAACCCAGCAGAGUUAGCUUGGUUUUAAAAACGGGCAACAGAAAGCCAUAACCUUUUCCCAUUUAAGACAUUUAAUUUUGACCUGGUAACACUGCUGAUGUGUUUAGUACAAGCAAAUAGUUAAUAUUAAAGAAAAAGGGAAAUUUUGGCAACCUGUCUACAAAUAAUUUAUUACUAUCAAAAUAUGAGCUUUACCGUCAGGGUCAGUGAAAUCAUUUUGAUUGGACUAAUCUGGAUAGAUUGUAUACUUUUAUCUUGCAGUGCUGUGAGGAUGAAUUGGUUGCACUUUUUUGCCUUCACUCAACUGUUGGCCUGCAAAUACACGGCAAACAGUAAUGUAUUACAAUUCUGUCACAAGGGCAUUUUGUUUUUAAAGAUAAUACAAAGUUGUAAUAUCCAUUUAAAUACAAGUUGGUUUCCAUGGCAACAGACCCACCCUCUCUUCUGCAUUUUGUGUUUUUGAGUGCUACUAGUGCAGUGAGCGGCUUAGCUUGUUCAAGCAGCUGGCUGUGCUUUCUUUUGACCUAGCAUCUACCAUUUUGAUGUCCACUUGUUCUCAAGAAGCGGUUAAGUGUGUACAACACAAUGAUGCUGGCCUUUCUCAGAUGCCUCAUUAAUCAUAUUGUAGGAGGUCUGUAACACAACAAAUCGACUAAAGCUAAGUCUUGGUCAUUUCUCAAUAGAUGACGCCUAAUCCUGAGUUACAUUUAGGACUGUUACCCUGGGUGCCACACAAACCUUAUAUUGUUUACCUUCAGGAGUCUUCACAUCCUUGAACUGCUAUACAAAAAAAGUGCACACUUCACAAAUAAUGUUGACUGCUGCUGGUGAUGAUUGUAAUGGAUUGCACAAAAAUCGAUGGCAUGCUUAGGCGCUACUUGCAACGCUUCGCAGAGAGAUUGAUGUCAACCACAUUAUUUCCAUUUUAAACCUUUUCCAAACUGUAGAUUGAUCUUAAGUAUAGCCUAGGGUAUAUUGGGAUGAGUGUUAAUUGCUGGCUAAUCAAGACUCAGUGGUAUGGGUUCAGUGUGGUAAGAGGGUGGCCAUAAUCUGAUCUGUUUGGUUUACAUCUACAAUGGUUUUAUUUCAGACCCAUUUGUCCUUUUUAUAUAAAAUGUACUGAUUUAUAAUAAAUAAAAACAGUGUUGAACUUCUGACUGUUG